AUGAAGACUUCUUCAAGACCGCGAGGUGAGGUUGGUGGAAGCUUUGCCAGUAGAAGGGGGCAUGGUGCGCAACUCUCGAUUAGUGACACCAACCACCACGUCACGGAAGCAAUCGGAGACAUGUACGGCGACGAUGAUUAUACGAAAUCCGACCGACCGCUGAGCUUUGCUCCAUCGCCCCUGAACGAAGGUUUGACAGAAGGAAACGCGUAUACAGAUAUGAAGGGGAGUCGGAAUCGACCGUCGGCCAGUGUGAAUGGAAACGCCAACCAGAAAUCAAAUACAUCGCCAGGGCUGAUGCAGAGCCCAAGAAGCAGCUCAUUCGAGAAAGCAGGAGCUCUGUCGCCCUCCUUGUCAUUGCGAGAACAUCACUCAAAUGAAGCUGCCAAUGCACAAUUCCCACUUAAUGACCUGGACUACUCUUCGAACCCGGCGGCUGUCGCGCAGGAGCUCAGUAACUUGCAGGCUUUACGGCGCAUGUCGAUGGAUGUUGGAAACACAAGCGAUCCGGAUCUGCCAUCGUUUUCGGGAGUUUCGUUGAUGCCAUCAGUGGCGCCUACUGGUGAUGAUAACGAAGAAGAUCCCUCGAGAUUGUUCUGGGUACCCGCUCGGGUGCAUCCAGAACUUGCGCCUAUGGAAUUCAAGACAUUUUUGGAGAACCGAGUACAAUCGAUUAAGCGUCGGUCGGGCGACUCUUCGAAUUCCUUAUCCCCCGAUGGAAUGGAGAGAAGUGGGUCAGAGUCGUCUUUGAAGAGGAAGAAGUCGAUGCUAUCACGGCAGAUAAAUAAUGAGGGCGGUCGAGGAGCGGUUGGAUAUCAAGAUGGAGCGGAGCAGAUAGAGAGGAAGAAGUCGUUGUCUUCGAACCAGUCAUUGGACUUGAAAAUCUCUGAUUUGAAAGAAUUGGAUGCGUUAGUGCGGGAUCCAACGAAAGCCAUGCAGAAAUUGAGUCUUGAUACCAAUAGAUCUGGGAGCAGUGAGGAACUGGAAGACAUGCCAAUAUUACCACAAGCACCUGGUCUUGGACUGAGGAGGUCCACAAGGACAACUUAUAGGAGGGGGAGUGUAAAGAGAGUACCAUUUUCCAAGAGGAACGGAGCUGGGCGUGCCGAUACUGAUGGAGAGGAGUCACCCGUUUCUUCUCCGAUAGAUGGACGUCCAGGUGUGGGAUACCCUCUGUCGAAGGUGCAGUCUGAACCAACAUCGGCAGAGAACUUUUCGCGACCAAAUCGGGGUGGAAGACGUUUACAGAAUUUGCCUCAAAGUAAUCCUUCAGUAUCAAGCCCGGAGCGAAAGUCGCAAGAAGACAUGACAGAAGCAGGCAGAGGCGUUUAUUCAGCGACUGACCCAGCACCCCCUACAGGGCCAAUAUCAAGGAGUAGCACAUUUCCCAGGAACCAGCCAACGGUUCCUCAAAUAGUAGAAACACCACCACCAGAAGAGACGAGAACUAAAAAUCAGUUUCCAGAAAGGUCGUCUUCACAGAAUGCCACACAGUCACUGCAAAAGAAGACUGUCCCAGAACCUCCAAUGAAAUCAAGCAGGCGGCCUACACUGGAUAGACAGAAUUCAACUCCACAGAUAGCACCUAGAGUUGCGCCAUCACAAACUCUUAGUGAUAUGACGCAGCAGCCUUCUCCGCUCCCUGGAAAUACUGCCAGACUGGGAACAGAUAGCCUAACGUUCAUUCCCACACUGGAAGAGAAAAAGCCAGAGAAGAAAUCCAAGAAAGAAAAGGAGAAGGAGGAGCAAGAGACGAGUCACCGUAAGACAAGUUGGGGUUGGUUUGAUAAGAAGGACAAGAAGAAAGACGAGGAUAAUAAGAAAGGAAAAGCAAAGGCUUCUGUCGACAAAUCUCAUGAUACUGCUCGUUUGGAUGUUCUCCAGUCUACCAUGGAUGCUCCUCGGGGUCGGGAGAGCAUAUUAAUUGAGCGUGAAAGCAUGGAUGGCAGGCUGGAAACGGAACGGAAGAAGGAAAGCAGUCGAAAAUCGGGAGAACACAAGAAAGAGAAAGACGGCUUGUUCUCCUCCUUCUUCGGUGGUGGCAAGAAGAAGGGCGAUCGAGAUUCAGGGGGCAAGAAGAGUACCUCCUUACGGGCGCUUUCACCUGAACCUCCGUACCGACAGCUUAAACCGGAUAUUGAUUACAACUGGACAAGAUUUUCAAUUCUGGAAGAGAGGGCCAUCUAUCGAAUGGCCCACAUUAAGUUGGCCAACCCAAGAAGAGCCUUGUACAGUCAGGUUCUGCUCAGUAAUUUCAUGUAUUCAUAUCUAGCCAAGGUCCAGCAGAUGCAUCCGCAGAUGGCAGUACCCCAAUCGGCAGCACAGAAGAAACAGGAAGCAGAGCGACGCCAGAAAGAGCAGAAGCAGCAGGCUAAAGAGAACGGGGAAGAACAAUACCGCUACGACUAUCACCAGGGGAUAACACAAUAUGCUGAACCAAGCCAGAAUCAAAGUCAAAAUCAAAACCAUGAACCAUCACGUGAGGGCGCAGAGUACGUCGACGACUCGCAGAUAUAUGAUUAUGAUCAUCAUGAUGAUGAUUCGAACCGGCCGCAAUCUCGAGCCUCGCAGCACAAUUCCCACGCUGAAAACGGCUACGUCGAUCAAAGUCAACAAAGUCGGCAAGGAAAAGAUUACUAUCCAUAUGGGAAUUCCAACAACAAUCGUGGGCAAGCUGAUGAUGAUGAUGAUGACGAUGAUAUGUGGUGA